ACCACGUGCUAUCGCCAAGAAACCGCUGUGGCUAGUCUCAAACUUUGGGACCGCCCUGUUAAGCUUCCUGUUUCAGAAAAUACAACGAAUUUCUCCAAUUUGCGGCACCAGGAUUGUUCCAUAAGCUACUGAUAAGGUACACGAAACGUGGAUGUCUUUUCACCUGCAAAAGAGCAAGCAUCACCGAGUGAAAAAUACAACUGAAUGCGGAGUACUGAUCACGUUCUUAUCUCGGAACGAUCUACUUUCCAUGGAUAGACCCUGUGUGUAGGAAGAGUCUAAAGACGAAGCAGCCGAUGUCACAGUAGCCUCUCGCAGGACAGAAUGUUUACCCUGACGGAGGUAGCUUCCCUUAAUGACAUUCAGCCGACCUAUCGAAUACUGAAGCCAUGGUGGGAUGUUUUCAUGGAUUAUCUUGGAGCGAUUAUGCUCAUGUUGGCGGUAUUCGCUGGGACAAUGCAGUUAACCAGAGACCAAGUGCUUUGCCUCCCUUACCUGGAACCUGAGAAGGAGCUGGUGUGUCCAGAUGCCUUCUCAGCUAAAAGUUCACCUGUGACCACCACAGCAACUGCACCAUUCAUGCCUAAGGAUGUCCCCGAUGAGGUCUUGCAUUCAGUGUAUUCAAAUCAACCCGAGCCGAUGGGGCUCCGAACAAACUUAGACUUUCAGCAGUAUGUCUUUGUCAACCAGAUGUGCUACCAUAUGGCCUUGCCCUGGUAUUCAAAGUACUUUCCCUACCUUGCUCUCAUCCACACGAUUGUACUCAUGGUCAGCAGCAAUUUUUGGUUCAAAUAUCCAAAAACUAGUUCAAAGAUUGAGCACUUUGUGUCUAUUCUUGGGAGGUGUUUUGAGUCACCAUGGACUACAAAGGCGCUGUCCGAGACGGCUUGUGAGGACUCUGAAGAGAACAAGCAGAGGUUCACUGGCGCUGCUACUGUACCAAAGAACGUUUCCACCGGCAGUGAAGAAGAAAGCCCCAGUGUGUCUACACCCAUGUUACAAAAUUCAGAGUUAAGAUUCUCUGCUGAAAGACCGGUCACGGAUGUCCCGAGUGUGACCAUCUUGGACAAAAAAGAUGGGGAACAGGCCAAAGCCCUUUUUGAAAAGGUGAGAAAGUUCCGUGCCCACGUGGAAGAUAGUGACUUCAUCUACAAGCUUUAUGUUGCUCAGACAAUAAUAAAAACGGUGAAGUUCAUUUUGAUUUUGUGCUACACCUCGACCUUUGUUGCCGCCAUCAGUUUUUGUCACGUGUGUACACCUCCUAAUCUUAAAGAGCUUACCGGGUAUGCGAAAUUCCAGUGCACUCACAACAUGGCAUUCAUGUUGAAGAAGAUACUCAUUAGUUAUAUGGCUGUAAUAUGCAUCUAUGGGCUGGUGUGCAUUUAUACCCUCUUCUGGCUGUUCAGACGACCCCUAAAGGAGUACUCCUUUGAGAAGGUUCGAGAGGAAAGCAGCUUCAGUGAUAUUCCUGAUGUAAAAAACGACUUUGCUUUCCUUCUUCACAUGGUUGACCAGUAUGACCAGUUGUACUCCAAGAGGUUUGGUGUCUUCCUGUCUGAGGUCAGUGAGAACAAGCUGCGAGAGAUCAGCCUGAAUCACGAGUGGACCUUCGAGAAGCUGCGUCAGCAUGUGAGCCGCAAUGCCCAAGACAAGCUGGAGCUCCACCUCUUCAUGCUUUCCGGUCUCCCCAGUGCCGUCUUUGACCUCACUGACCUUGAAAUACUAAAGCUGGAGUUGAUUCCUGAGGUCAGGAUCACAGCUAAGAUCUCCCAAAUGACCAGUCUUCAGGAGUUGCAUUUCUACCACUCUCCCGCCAAGGUGGAACAGACGGCAUUUAGCUUUCUCCGUGACCGCCUCCACUGCCUUCACGUCAAGUUUACGGAUGUUGCAGAGAUUCCCCCUUGGGUCUAUCUGUUGAAAAGCCUCAAGAGUUUAUAUUUAAUUGGAAGCCUGAACUCUGAAAAUAACAAAAUGAUAGGUUUAGAAUCCAUGCGUGAGUUGAGGCAGCUUAAAACUCUGCAUCUAAAGAGCAACCUCACCAAGAUCCCAACGAACAUAACAGAUCUCUCUCCUCACCUUCUAAAGCUUGUGGUUCAUAAUGAUGGCACAAAACUAUUGGUCCUCAACAGCUUAAAGAAGAUGAUGAACUUAGCUGAGCUGGAGUUACAUAACUGUGAGCUGGAAAGAAUCCCCCAUGCCAUUUUCAGCCUGACCAACCUGCAGGAGUUGGAUCUGAAAUCCAACAUCAUCCGCACUGUUGAAGAGGUCAUUAGUUUCCAGCACCUUAAGAGGCUGACAUGCCUCAAGCUGUGGCACAAUAAAAUCAUCACCCUCCCGGUGUCCAUAAGCCAGGUCAAGAGCCUCGAGUCGCUCUAUCUGUCGCACAACAAACUUGAUAGCCUGCCCACGUCAUUGUUCAGUCUUCCCAAGCUGAGGUACCUGGACCUCAGCAACAAUUCCAUUGCGGUGAUUCCACCUGAGGUGGGGUUCCUGCAGAAUCUUCAGCAUUUCGCCAUCACGAGCAACAAGGUUGAGAUCCUGCCCAAGCAACUCUUCAGAUGUGUGAAGCUGAGAACCUUGUGUCUGGGGCAUAAUUGCAUUUCCAGCAUUCCUGAGAGAAUAGGUCAGCUGACGCAGCUCCUGCACCUGGAGCUGAAGGGAAACUGUUUGGACCACCUCCCAGGCCAGCUGGCACAAUGUCAGCUCCUUCGCAGGAGUGGCUUCAGUGUGGAAGACCAUCUUUUUGACACUCUGCCACAGGAAGCUAAAGAAAGCAUAAGUCAGGAAUCUAAUAUUUCUUUUACUGGGGUAUAGUACAAGUGAACAUUUCACAGGACAGAGUAGUUCCUGUUUUGUUUUUAUGUCAGCUUUUGUCCAUUAGCUUUAACCAUGUCACUGUUCUUUAAUGGUAAAUAUGAGAUGGAGGGGAGAAAGUUGACAUUUACAAACUGCUGGUCAUGUUUGUAAACCUCCAUUGAAAAGCUAGGCUAUUUGUUGAUUCCGUUACCAGAAAUGGAUCAUUUAACCACCGGAGACAGCUGAGUGCUGAUAAGGAGGGGUUCUGCCAACUGAGGCGACCUAUCAGCAUGACCUCACCUCCCUCUGUGCCGCUCAUGAUAAUACUGAGGCGCUCAUGCAAUAGGCUUAUCCUUUGAGUUUUGAGGGAAAACCAUAUGGACGAUUCCAAAAGAGUAUGUCUAUAUUUAGUGAUAUAACAAACAGUUUCAGGCUGUUCUUUUUAAUUCACUUACUCAAAUUUGAUGUAUAACAUUUUGUACCAACUUCAUCAUUCUUAGUUUUAAUUUUUAUUUAUUUGUAAGUGGAGAUGGUGUACAGACCGUUCGCAGAAUAUUCAUUGCUCUUUAUUCAUUUUGUGCAAUUAUGUUUAUAUUUAGCCAUUUGCCAGACACUUUUAUCCAGGGGGGACAAUUUUGUAUGUUUUUAAACAUCAUGCCUUGUAACCUGACAGAAAACUGAUUUGGCAACUUGAAAUGUUAUGCAUAUUCAUCCUGCAGGUCUGUACCAUUGUGGUGUUUUUAUUUAUUGAUUUAAUUGAUUGUUGGGAGACAUCAAGGAAAAGGUGCCCUGAGAAAUGCCCUGAGAAAACAGAAGAAAAUAGCGUAGUACUGUAGAAUUAUCCAGGAGCACAUUUUUAUAUCCUACUUGAAAUGGCAACAAAGGCUUUCCCUGGCUGUUCUGUGCACUUGAAUUCCAAAAUUGCCAUGGUGAGCAAAGCUAGUGCGUGUUUUCAGUUUUAUUUUCUUUCUGGUGCCAGAUGCUGCUCUUAAACUUCUUGGCCUUAAACGACCUAGAAAAUGUUAAACCUUAACUUGAUGUCUCUUCAGACCAUACAGUGCCUGUCAUGGCUUUAUUUGAACAUCUGCCAAAUAUGGUUUGUGGUGAGGAAUUUAUUCACCCUUUAGCAUUCAAAUGAAUUUUGACCCUUUACUUUAGCACAUUACAGUUUCCAUUUUGCACACACUGACAUGGGACUGAGAAAAAAACAAGAACACUGCAAUAACGCAUGUUAGUAAAAUGGACAAUGAGGCGUACUCUUCAGUUUUCGCUGGAUUUACAGAUCAGAAGCCGAGUCCUUGAUAGCAGAGUGCCAUGACUCAUAGUUGCUAAAAUAACUUUUCCUGGUCAGUGUUUCUGCACAGUGUGUGGUAGCCAGUUAAAUGGUUCACAGAUUUGGGAACGAUGAAGGGGUAACCAAACUAGCUAAUUUAAAGGAGAAUAUAAUGAAACACAGAAAAUAGUCAGAGGAAGAAAAAAAAGUGUAACUACAGUAAUAAGUGAAAAGUUAACAAUGCCAGUAGGAUUGUUUUUUUUUUACAUUGGUGAAAAUAUGAUGCUACUGUUCUGAAUUCUGUUUGUCAUAACAACAUAACAUAACGUAAGACAAGAACAGGCCAUUCAGCCUAACACUGAUCGUCUAUUCCUACCACUAAACUGUACUUAAUGUUUAGUUUACCUAAAAGCUAGAUAGUAUCUCAUGAGUUGAGAACUAGUGUACGCUUAAGUGGGACAGGGAACUAAGGAUCAGUGAUCAUUAAAUUUUUGCAUUACCACCAAGAUCUACUUAGCAAAAGCUGCACCCAAGUUGCUAAGAUGAGAAUUGCAUAAAGAGGUAUUUGCUUACUUUAGGCAGCAAGUUUUGAAAUCUAAACCAUGUUCAAGCAUGGCCAUCCCUUUGGGGAAGCGUUUUCACAACAUUCUGUGUUGUUCAGCUAGCUAGGUAUAUAGCCACUGCUGCUAUGUGACUGUAUAACUGUAGGCCUACCGUGCUGUUCUGGUUGUAUUGAAGAGUCAAAACUAAAACAUUAAUUGGAGGGCGGAGCCUUCAGGUUUGUCGAUGAAUUUUGAAUGCUAUAUGGAGAUGGUUAUGUGGUCCAACAGAGUGUGAGAUUAGGGCAAUGCGAUUUUGUUUUCUGGAACAAUUGUGAAUGGUAAUUCUGUGUGGCUAGCCAUACUGGCUGGUUCUAAAAAUAUAUAUUUCCAGACCUGUGGCAUUUUAUGUUUUUAAUACAUUUUUAUUAUACAAUGGCAGAGCAUUAAUGUUGCUGAAAUCAUGCGUGAUGGUGGAAACCCACAGGAAUAUCUAGGCCAAGGCUGGCCAGCCCUAUUCUUGGAGACCUUGGAGUCUUGUAGGUUUCACUUCAACAAUAACAAAGCACACCUCAUUCAACAGCUGGGCCGUGCACAAAUCAGCACAAUUUCCUAGUAUUGAGUAUAGUUGUUGAUUACACUAGAUGAGAAAGUUAAGUUGGUGCGAUUUUCUCUAAAUGUACUGUACUUAAAAUCCCAGGAAGAUAUAUGUAUUUCUGAGUAUAUUUGUGAGCAUACGUUUCAGGAAGGAAACAACCAUUUUGGUCCCAUAAAUAUGAUGCAAAGCUUCACUUUAAAAAUGAGGCGUAGCUCUGCUGACAUUUUCCUUCAACAAAAAUGUGAGCAUGGCCGUAAGGGCGGAAUGUCUUGCAACACACAGUACUGUUGGAAAAUGGUAUGGAUAUUCUUUGCAUACUGCACAUCAUGCGCUAGAAAAUGCACAAAAUAGUACGCAGUAUGCUUAGUAGACAGAAUAUACUUUUAAGACACAGUGGCGGAUUCGGACACAGCCUUGAGAUCUCAUUGAGCUGCUAAUUAGUAGACUCAGGUGUGCCAAUUGAGGGUUGAAAUGAAAACCUACAGGACAGUAGCUCUCCAGGAACGGGGGUGGGCAGCCCUGGCCUUGGCCUGUGUGAAAAAAAAUUCUGUACUUUGAUUCCAAACAUUUACUGUUUAUUAUGUUUAGUUUUUUACUUUAGCGCACAAUAGCAAGCUAUGCAGGUUUCGUUUCUGUGUGUAAUGCCAUUUUACUAGCUUUUAUUUUUAAAUAUUUUAUUUUGUUUUUUGGACAAAGCAAGUGACCAAAGGGUGCCUGAUUCAAAGAGUAUAGAAAUCACUUGUUUUACAGUGCUUUUGUAUGGCUUUCACAAUUAAAUUAUUUUAUUGCUUGAGGACAUU